AUGGCUAUUAAGAUUAUUCAUGUUUUCAAACAAAAGACAAGGGGGAAUAAAGCUCAUAUGGCGUUGAAGAUUGAUAUUAGUAAGCUCGCUUGCAAGCCUAUUUUUAUUGGCAAGAUUGCCCAUGAUACUCAUGAAAGGAAUACUAAUAAUCAAAUCUCUUUAGUGUGGUCUCCUCCAGUUGAAGGUUGGGUGAAGUGUAAUGCUGAUGCCGACUUCAACAGGACUCAUCGUUCUACUAACAGAGGAAUUGCUUGGGAUAUAGGUAGUAUGCCAUCUUUAGAAGUUGAGGCUUUAGCUUUGAAAGAAGCUGUUCAACAUGUUGUUACCAUGAAUUUGGAUUAUGUGAUAUUCGAAAGCGACUUUCAAGUGGUAAUUCAAGGCAUUCAUUCUACAGCUACUGGUUCGUCUGAGUUUAAUUUUACUUCUUUCUAUAAAGCAUUUGUUAGCUUUUAUUUCAAACUUUGA